AUAUUUGCUUGGUAGAAUAGAAAACUAUAUAAUAUGUCACAUUCCACCAAAACAAAUAGCAUUUCUUGUCCAGUAUGCAGUCGAGAAUUCCAACAGGAAUUAAUUGAGGAACAUGUUAAUAAGUGCUUAUUUUUAAACACCCCAGAGCAAAGUGGUUGUAAAAGAGACAGUCCCUUUCAUAAAAAAAACAGUUCUCAUAUUGAGAAACGCAUUAAAUUGGAUUCUUGUACAUCACAACAGCAACAAAAGGAUACACCUACCAUAGCAGCUGCAAAUAAAUUACAGAAAUCAGUUGAAACUAAAUCAGUGCCUCUGGCUGAAACUUUAAGACCAGUAAGUUUGAAUGAUAUUGUUGGACACAAGGAGGCUUUUGGGCCCGGCACUAUGUUAUAUUCAAUGCUGGAGCAGAGAAAAGUUCCUAACAUGAUUUUAUGGGGACCGCCUGGUUGUGGAAAGACUUCCCUAGCUAAUGUUGUAAGUCACAUGUGCAAAGAAAGCAAAAAUAUGAGAUUUGUAAAAUUAUCAGCAACUAUGGCAGGCAUAAAUGAUGUGAAAGAAAUUGUAAAAGUUGCCAAAAAUGAAGCACAAUUCAAGCGACAAACCAUACUUUUUAUGGAUGAAAUACACAGGUUUAAUAAACUCCAGCAGGAUACAUUUUUACCUCAUGUUGAAAAUGGUACUAUCACACUUAUUGGUGCUACUACAGAAAACCCAUCAUUUAGUCUGAACAAUGCACUUUUAAGCCGUUGUAGAGUCAUUGUCAUGCAGAAGUUGUCUGUGGAUGAUGUGUUGUUAAUUUUAAAAAAGGCAAUUCAAAUCAAUAAGGAAAUUAUUAUAGCAGAAAAAGAUAUUUCUAAAGGAAACCAUUCAGAGGAUGCCAUUCCAAGGGUUAUAAUAACUCAGGAGUCUCUUCAAUGGUUAGCUGAAGUUUGUGAUGGCGAUGCGAGGAUAGCCCUUGGGGCUCUCGAACUUACUAUAGCUUCCAGGAAUACACAACAAGAUGUCUGUAAAGAAGGCCCAGCAGUUAUUUCUCUAGAAGACAUUCAACAAGGAAUUAAGAGGACGCAUAUGCUUUAUGAUAGAAAAGGAGAGGAACACUACAAUAUAAUAUCAGCUUUACACAAGUCAAUACGAGCUAGCGACGACAAUGCGGCGUUAUAUUGGAUCACAAGGGCUCUCAGUGGUGGUGAAGAUCCUCUGUACAUAGCGCGACGAUUAAUUCGUAUGGCAUGUGAAGAUAUCGGUUUAGCUGACCCAAACGCGUUAGUAGAAGCUGUUGCGUGUUUGCAAGGAUGUCAAAAUAUAGGAAUGCCUGAGUGUGACGUCUUGCUGGUGCAAUGCGCAGUUAGAUUAGCAAGAGCAGAAAAGAGCCGCGAGGUGUACUGCGCUAUGAAGCAAUGUCAACGAUUCAUACAAGAAACAAAAGGCCCUUUGCCUCCUGUGCCUUUACAUUUGAGGAAUGCACCAACGAAACUUAUGAAACAGUUAGGUUAUGGCGAUGGUUAUAAUUUAUUAGAAAAGGAUAAAUCUGGUCUUACUUAUAUGCCGAGUGGUUUGGAAGAUAUUAAUUUCUUUAAAAAUAAUACAUAAUAAAAAAAACUCUAAUGGUGCUAAAUGUUGAUUUACAGAUGUGUUGAAUAUGGUUCAAAACAAUAAAAAACCAAAAUACUAGUGUCAA